AAUACUAAUGUGAUGCAAACGAAACGAACUGUGGCAGCAAAGAGGGUUGUUUUUAGCUUAGCAUGUGUUUAUGUUUUUUAACUUGACUUUUCAAUAUGUCCGUGCUGUCAGGUGUAAAACAUAUUAUCCUGGUUUUGUCCGGGAAGGGAGGAGUAGGAAAAUCUACAGUUAGCACACAGCUAGCUUUAGCUUUGAAAGAAGCUGGUUUUAAAGUCGGAUUACUAGAUGUUGAUUUAUGUGGUCCAAGUGUGCCUUAUCUACUUCAAUUAGAGGAUCGGGAUGUGCACAAGUGUGAUGAAGGGUGGGUUCCAGUUUAUGCAGAUUCUGAUCAGAAAUUAGCUGUUAUGUCUAUUGGAUUUCUCCUGAAAGAUAGGGAUGCCAGUGUAGUUUGGAGAGGACCCAAGAAAAACGCUAUGAUAAAGCAAUUUCUUACUGAUGUAUACUGGCAAGACAUAGACUUCUUAGUAAUUGACACUCCACCCGGUACUUCUGAUGAACAUAUUACUGUGAUGGAGAAUCUGAAAGAUUUACCAUGUGACGGAGCACUUUUAGUCACAACCUCACAAGCUGUGUCGGUAGAAGACUGUAUGAAAGAGCUCUCCUUUUGUAAAAAAGCAAACAUCCCAGUCCUUGGAGUUCUAGAGAACCUAAGUGGCUUUGUUUGUCCUGUUUGUUCGGAAUGCACCAAUAUAUUUUCUUCAGGAGGAGGAAAAUCUUUGGCAAAUCUCAAUAACAUUCCUUUCUUGGGAAGUAUACCUAUUGACCCAUCUCUGGGAGAGUGUGGAGAAAAAGGAAAGAGCUGUAUAUCUGUAAAACCUAACAGUCCAGCUUCCAAAGUUUUUAAGGAUCUUGUACUGACAAUUGCACAAGGUAGUGGCAUGUCAGUGGACUGAUUUUCAUUCCCUAUUUAAUAUCAUGCCAUACGGCUUGUACGAGAAGAAAUUUCAUCUUUCUCUAAAUGGCACUUGUAGAAAAGAAAUGUCAUCUUUCUCAAGAAUACUUAUUCCAAUGACUUUGUUUCGCUCCCACAUUCAAAUUUUAGACCUGUCCUAUAAAAUGUCAGUCUUUUGUGACUAUUUUCAUAUAAAAGAGCAUCAUUAAAAAUCGUUUGUUACAUAAAUAA